AUGGCUGGAGAAAAAUUAUAAAGUUCAGGCAAACGCAAGUGUCAGCCUAAAUGCCCUGAACAUCAAUUCAAUCUCCAACCGAAAAGUACAAAAUGUUGGCUCAAACAUGUUACCAACAUUGAUUUUUGCCCUUUGUAUAAUGAUGCUUUAUCUUGUUAUGAAAAUAUAGUUCCUGUUUUCAAUUAAGAUGAAUAGCAAUGUUUACCAGGGUUCAUUUUAGAAGUGGAUCGAAAUGACUAUAUAAAGAGCAUGUAGAAAUAUAAAGAGGAUCAUUAAAAAAAAGUUUAGGAAUACACAACCAAAAAAACUAAAUUAUAAAUUCCUAAACCAGGCAGAAAGCACAGAUAUUGUGGAGUUUGUCGCAAACCUUACGCAGAUUAUUUGGAUCAUAUCAAAUCUGCAGAUCACAUAAACAGUUUUAAUAGACAUGAGUUUGUUCACGUGAUAUUAAAAAUAGUAAAUGAAGAUUAUAAAAGUAAGGAUGAAAAUAAAUUUCAAAAUGACAUCUGUUUUGAUGUAGCUACAUCUACAAUCCCAAAAAAAAGAGGACCAAAACCAAAAAACCCAGCCCCUUAGGCAGAACCAAAAAAAAGAGGUAGAAAACCAGCUGAACCAUCUUUAACUAAACGAAUAAAAACACAACCAGUUCAAGAAUAGUACAAUACCUACAGACCUCCAUAACCUCAAUACUACCAUAUCUUCCCUUUUCCAGCUCCUUUGAAUCAGAUGUUCGCUCAAUUGCCAUAUCAAUAACUUGUCAACAUUCCUUUCCCAAUACAGCUCGGAUAAGAACUCAAUUUAGAAAGAAAGAUUGAGGAUAUGAUUAUGGAUGGAUAAAUUGAAGAAGGCCCUCGAUUUGAUUGAAAAUAUAAUCUAAUAAUAAACAUAAUUGAAUUUUU